AUGGCAUAUAUAUUACCCAUUGAUGGGAAUUGGAAGAUUCUGCAACAAAAUUCACUAUUAAGUAAUUAUCAAAUUUUUUGGGAUAUUGAAUUGGGAGGUGGCCAUUUAGGUAGAGUAUUGUUAGGGAAAUGUAAACAUCAUUCUAAAUAUGUUGCAAUAAAGAUUACUACUAAAUGUUAUGCUAAAUACUCUGAGAAGGAAAUUUUAUUAUAUAUUCAACAGAACAAGGAUAAGUAUACUAGAAAUAUAAGCUAUAUGAAUGAAAUAUCUGAAAUAGAUAAAAAAGUGACUUCAUUAUUUCCAGAGAUAUAUAAUAUAUUUGAGGAUAAUUAUUAUAUAUAUAUUGUGAUGGAUCUUUUAUAUGGUGGAGAGCUGUAUCAUUUAUUAACCAGAGUAAAUCAAAAGCUUGAUGAGAAACUCGUUGCUCUAAUAUUCAGACAAAUCUGUGAGGCUGUUGAUUAUUUGCAUUCAAUAGGAGUAGUACAUGGUGAUCUUAAGCUUGAAAAUAUCAUGUUCGGCAAGCAGAAUAGGCUAGAUACAGUGAAAUUAGUUGAUUUCGGCAACUCAUUUAUAAUAAAGGGUCGGAACUUAAUCUCAGAGUAUAAUAAUACUAAUAUAAAGUCAAGAAGUGAUAAUCAAAUAGAUUCAGAUAGUACAUCUGAAUUUGUAUACAAUAAAUUCAUUGAUUUUUGGUGUUGCGGAAUUAUUUUAUAUAUUAUGUUGACAGGUGUAUAUCCAGACGGCUUAAAUAUUAUUGAUAAUUGUAAAGAUAUUUGCUUUGAACAUUAUGUUUCUAAUUCAAAGGAGUUAGAAGAUAAUAGCCUUCUUGUUAAAGAUUUAUUAAUUAGGCUAUUAUCGUUUAUUCACUGUAAGGAUAAUACCACAAUGAGUCAAAUACUUCAACACUCGUGGUUUAGUAUUGCAGAUGAGGCUGAUAUUUAUAAUGAAUUGGUCUUACCACAUUCAGAACUGAUACGUAAUAAAAUUUUGCCAUAA